UGUGACAUGGAGAUCAAACGAAGGAAUUCUACCAGUGUGGAGCAUUAAGCAUGCACAUUGCGUGCAACAACAUCGACUGGGAUUUGGGAACGUUUUGCAAUUCAACAUCUCACUUAAUGAAUUCCGCCACUGCUUUAAAACUCGAAAAAGACGAAGAUAGGCGCGCCUGACAACGCUGAAGCUCUGCUGCUUGGACUGUGAGACUCUAUUAUGGCAAAUGGGCACUCUCAUGGCGCGAGUGGACAACGAAGAAUUUGUGCGUAAGUAGUUCACUUCUGUUAGGCUAUCCUGUUCAUACGUUCAGGUUCACUCCAACGUCGAGAGUUCUUGCACUGGCUUGUAUGUAAGUGAAUGGAAACAUUUAGGCCCACAAUGGACAAACAAACGUCGCUGUUUAUCGUGAAAUAAUACUGAAAAUCCGCUACUUUAUGAGUUGUAUGGGGAUCUUAUCAGUGCUGAGAGCAUCGGGAAACAAUCGGAUUUUUAAAAAAUAAUACGCGUCGCCAUUCUUGGGUUGCUGCUGAACCGUUAGGUGUGUGUUACAAUGAGUUUAGUUGGUGGAUUCCCUCACCAUCCGGUGAUGCAUCACGAUGGCUACUCUUUUGCUGCUGCGGCAGCUGCCAGCCGCUGUCAUGAAGAAAACCCGUACUUUCACGGUUGGCUCAUAAGCCACCCGGAGAUGUCGCCACCUGACUACAGUAUGGCACCCUCCUAUAGCCCCGACUACUCCGCCGGGCCGCCCGGACUGGACCACUCUCAUUACGGAAGUGUUCCUGGGGCUGGCUCCGUCGGAAUGGGACCCAGGCCAGUGAAGCGGAGACCCACGGCGAACCGCAAAGAGAGGCGCAGGACGCAGAGCAUCAACAGCGCUUUUGCAGAACUCAGGGAGUGCAUUCCCAAUGUACCCGCGGACACGAAGCUGUCUAAAAUCAAAACUCUCCGCUUGGCUACGAGCUAUAUUGCCUACCUCAUGGACAUUCUGGAUAAAGACGAGCAAAACGGGGAGGCAGAGGCCUUCAAAGCGGAAUUCAAAAAGACAGACGCAAAGGAAGACAGGCGAAAGAAAGAAAUGAGUGAAAUUUUGAAAAGUUCAGGGAGCAGCAAUGACAAGAAAACCAAAGGACGAACUGGCUGGCCGCAGCACGUCUGGGCUUUGGAACUGAAACAGUGAAAAAAAAACUACCCAUAUCGCAGUCUUGAAGUGGCGUCCUUUAGACUUAAUUUGUACUCUCACUUUAUUUAACGGAAUAUUUAUGUGCAAUUUCCCGCAACGGAGAGUGGAUAUUUGAAGAAAACCAUUCCAUAAUAAGAGAAGGCGACCCCCUUGGUAAGGGACUGUGUGUUGUCUAAUUUGUGGUAAAUGUUUCCUUGUCAAUGUGUGAUCCAAACAGAAGUGUUUACCACUAAGGUGUACGUGAAGUGUAGGUCUUUCUCUCCCUCUUUCUCUCUUUCUCUCUCUCUCUCUCUCUCUGGAUAUAAAUAAUAUGAUGUCUAUUUGAUAUCCUGAUGCAUUUCAAGAAAUGAUUUAGUUGAAAAUGUCAUGAAGUGUUAUGUUGUCAUUUUGUGGUCGUAUAGUAUUUGCUGGUGUUUCAAACAGCUGUUGAGUCCACUGAAGUGCACUUCCGUCCAGAGACAUGGAACUUAAAUAAUACUGCAGAUGUAAACAAUGUAAUUAAUUCAAUAAACCACUGUGUUUUUAAACAUCA